AUGAAACCAGCAAAGUGUCUGUCAGCCAUCAGUACAAAACUGGCAAGUGUUCCAGAAUUACCGCAUAAAAGAGAAUUACUUAAUUCAUUACCUAAGCCAAAAGAAAAACGUGGUGCUAAACCAAUACAAGAUAAAAUUGAACCAAUGGUCCUAAGAUCUCCACCCAUUGGAGAAUCCAUUUUACAGUAUGACUUGCCAAUACCAUCAAAUAAAACACAGGAGUUCAUAUCAGAAAGUGAAAUGAUCAGGAAGAUAACCCAAUACCUGAAGAUGGUUGUUUCUACUUUGAAAAAUACCUUUGGAGAUAUUGACAAUGAUGGAGAGAAAGCAUCACUGAAAGUUGAUGAGGAAGGCAUAUCUUUAUUAGUACACAGAUAUGACACUAGUGGGGAGAAAUUAAAUGCUGGAAACAGUUAA